AUGAAAACCAUCACCUUGGCUUUCGUCGCGUUGCUGGUCGGUGUUAACUCCUUACCUCAUCAUGCCCCAAAAGCUAAUGUAAAGAAAGAAAAAAUCAUCGAUGGGAUUGUUAUUAACAUCAUUGAACGUAUCGCCGAGCAUAUCCAGGGCUUAGGGCUCGACCCGCUGGUAAUUGACAAAUUUGAUGGAGAAUACACUUUCCCCGUAGAUGGAAUCUUCAGUGGCAGCGUUUCCAUUGAGAAUUUCGAGUCGUCUGGUCUUAGCAACAUUGUCGUUAAUGAAGUCAGCUUCAAACACAGUACCCUCAGCUUCGACAUAUCACUUCCCAGUAUUGAUUCUUUUAUUGGUGAUGUCUCUGUUGAAGUCCAUAUCCUCAGGCGUAAACUCUUUGGGGAAGGAAGCGGCAGGUUAAAUAUUAAAGACCUUCGCUUCGCUGGCCAGGUCACCAUUGGUUCUGAAAAACUAAUAAAAGAUUUGAAUCUAGCUUUCAGCCUUGGAGACAUUGAGUCUGACCUCCACGUUAAUAUCUUGGGUUACGACAUCUCUAACCGUUUGAAUGAAUAUCUUGGGAAAACCCUGCCUUCCCAGCUCAAGAAAUAUGAGGAAAAACUUAACCGUGUUCUCGCAAACUUUAUCCUGAAAGUCUUGGAUCGUCUUUUCUAUGAAUAA